CUGACUACCACUCAGCCAAUCGGUGACGGGGGAUGGGCUCGGGCCUUGAGUACUGACUGAGCGGCGGGUGCGGACCGCUGACCGGAGACGGUAGCUGCACAGCGUACGGCGGCGAUGAUGACCGCGAUGGCACCGACGGCGGUGGAGCGAGCGGUGCUGGAGGAGGAAUUCCGCUGGCUUCUGCACGACGAGGUGCACGCCGUGCUGAGGCAGCUGCAGGACAUCCUAAAGGAGGCCUCUCUUCGCUUCACUUUGCCCGGCUCAGGCACAGAGGGGCCUGCCAAGCAAGAGAACUUCAUUCUGGGCAGCAGUGGCACAGACCAGGUGAAGGGCGUGCUGACUCUUCAAGGAGACGCACUGAGCCAAGCGGACGUGAACCUGAAGAUGCCCCGAAACAACCAACUGCUGCAUUUUGCCUUCCGGGAGGACAAGCAGUGGAAGCUGCAGCAGAUCCAGGAUGCCAGGAACCACGUGAGCCAAGCCAUUUACCUCCUCAACAACCGGGACGAGAGCUACCAGUUCAGGACAGGAGCAGAAGUCCUUAAGCUGAUGGAUGCUGUGAUGCUGCAACUGACCAGAGCUCGCAACCGGCUCACCACCCCAGCCACCCUCACUCUGCCUGAGAUCGCCGCCAGUGGCCUCACGCGUAUGUUUGCCCCCGCCCUGCCCUCCGACCUGCUGGUCAACGUCUACAUCAACCUCAACAAGCUCUGUCUCACCGUGUACCAGCUGCACACCCUGCAACCCAAUUCCACCAAGAACUUCCGCCCAGCUGGAGGCUCUGUGCUCCACAGCCCUGGGGCCAUGUUUGAAUGGGGCUCCCAACGUCUGGAGGUGAGCCAUGUGCACAAAGUGGAGUCCGUGAUCCCGUGGCUCAAUGAUGCCCUCGUCUUCUUCACCGUCUCCCUGCAGCUCUGCCAGCAGCUUAAGGAUAAGAUCUCCGUGUUCUCCAGCUACUGGAGCUACAGGCCUUUCUAAGCAGAGCACCCAAGAGCCGGUUCCCCCGAGAAGUGGCUCCUACCCAGGAUAUUCCUGUCCCCACCACACACACACCUUGGAGUGCAGGCCAGAGCCAGAGCCAGCACUAUGGGUGAUUUACUUCCCUUCUUGACUGUCCUGCCUGUCACAUUUGCACAGAUGGGAGUGAACACUGGAACCUCUGGAAUAAAGGGAGGCUGACUUGCUUUUUGUUUUGGAUGGGGGUGGGUCAGGAAGGUGGGGUCAAGAGGUGGCCCACAUUGUAAGCCCUGCCCUUUGGACUCAAGGUGGAGCCCAGCCCAGGGCUCUCCCUCCCUGCUUUGCUGCCUGCCUGCUGAACUGCCCCCAGGUGAGGGGCAGCCACACUCCUCCACCCACUGGAAGGCGAAGAGUGGGUGGGGACCCUGAGUUGGGAGUUGGGAGUUGGGAGGGAAGGAGGAGGAAAGGGCAGAAAGAACCCAUCUACCAUGAGCUGGGGGUGCCCUUGACUGUUUACUCAGCAGCCCCACCAGGGCCUCCAAGAAAUAAAGAUCAUCUGACUUGCCUGGA